ACUCAUUAGAAAAAAAAAGAAAGAAAGAGCAUUGCAUUCGAUAGGGUUUUUUUAGCCAAAACAAAACCCUUCGUCUCCAUCGGUCAAUGUAAGAAAUCAGAGAUUCAGACUCCAUUCCUCCUAACCCUUCUUCUCCGUCGGUCCUCAGAAUCAAAGAAGAGAAGAAGAGAGUCAGAGACAAGUAGACAAGUCGCAAGUCGCAAGUCGCAAGUCGCAAGUCGCAAGUCGCAAGUCGCAAGUCGCAAGUUGCAGACUCGCAACUCGCAAGUCGAUCGAAGAAGACGAAGAGGACGGCGGCCGUAGCAUACAGUAGCCAUCGCAGAGGACUCGCAAGUCAGUGCUCUCAAGUCGACCGAAGAAGACGACAGCGGCCGACGGCUCAGCGAAAAAAGGUUUUAGAACCAGUGACAAGGAGGGGAAAAUGGCGGCGAUUGGAGCUCCUUCUAGGGUCAUCGUUUUAGCCCAACAUUGUUGACGAAGUUUUGACGCCUGCUAGCCUCGUGAUUCCGACAGUUGCGGGGAUUUUGUUGAGAAGUGAUGGCAAACCAGGGUGCGAAGAAACGGAAGGAAGAGAAUGCUCGUCACAUGAACAAGCUAUUUCGUCUCAUCAUAGCCUGCAAUGUUAUACAUGUUUUGGUGAGGAUGCUCUUUUUUUAUUCAACUGUUAGUUGGAAGCAUUGGAUUGGCCUCUUUGUCACUUCAUUGGCUUAUGCAAUUUCUUAUCAACAACUUGCCAAAAUGGCACAACCAUCUUAUGCUGAUGAUGGAGAGCUUCUAGAUGGCGGGUUUGAUAUGAGCACUGGUGGAGUUUGUGGUUACCUACAUGAUGUGAUCUACAUUACGUGCUUUGUACAGCUGAUGUCCAUCAUCUCUGGGAAAUUUUGGUACACAUAUAUAGUGAUUCCUGCAUUUGGUGCAUACAAAAUUUUUGGUGUUACAAGAGGAUUUUUGUCUGAGAGUUCAGAGGGGGAUAUGGAAGAUGAAAAGAGUCGUAAGAAAAGAGAAAAAAUGGAGAAGAAGGCUUCAAGAGGAAAAUUUGUUAAGACAAGAAUGAAGUAAAUUUGCUUGACAGAUUAGCAUUUUGUGAGCAGCAGAGGUCUUGAAUGUGAUGGCAGCUCCCAAGGCUGUGAUGAGAGAAUCAGUUUGAGCUGUCCUAUUAAGUUUAGACACUUUUUAACAACCAGUAUGUUCAUGAAUUACAAAUCUAUUGGAUGAUACACUGGUGGUAAACAUGCCUAAAGAAUUGAUUAUAGGUACUGGAAAAAAGGAAUACUGUUUGUUUUAUCA